UUUUAAAACACGUCCUGACGCGCCUAUAAUUUAAGAAAUCGAAAGUAAUAGUGUUUAUUCAGACGUGACCUUGUAUGAAAGACUGUCGAGUAAAACUCUAAUUUUAAUGAUAAGAUUAUGAUUUUAUUUUAGCUCUUUCUUUGUACAAAAUAUGGACAUUAAGUUUAUUGUUAUAUCGAUGCUUCUGAUGAUCGCUGAUGGAUUCACUGUGCGCAGUCCUUCUGGUCCUCUGGUUGUUCCUCUGGGAUCUUCAGUGGUUUUGCCCUGUUAUGUUGAUGAACCUUUACUAACGGAGGGUCUGGGGGUGGAAUGGAGAAGAACAGACUCAGAGACUCCAGUUCAUCUGUUUCUGGAUGGUGAGAGUCGACCAGAGGCCCAGCGGCAGGAUUAUCAUGAUAGAGCUCAUUUCUUUACUGAGGAGAUUCAACAUGGAAACUUCUCCCUCAGUCUGGACAAACUGAGAGCUGAAGAUGAGGGAAAAUACACAUGUAAAGUUUACAGCGGCCAGGAUUCUGGUGAGACUGAGGUUCAAAUAGCAGCACAAACUGUGGUUCAAACUGUUGAGCGUUUGCUAGUAUCAGGAUCUAAUCGGUCCAUAUCUGCAUCUGUGGGUGAGGACGUCACUCUGAACUGCUCUGUAGACUCUCACAUCAAACCUGAACACAUUGAAAAGGUUAAAUGGAUAAGAACAGAUGAAGAUAUUCUGGUUCUGCUUUAUGAAAACAAUAAGACUUUAUCAGAUUCAUCAGAUAAACAAUACAGAGACAGAGUUGAGUUCUUCACUGAUGAAAUCCCCAAAGGAAACUUCUCUCUCAGACUGAAGAGUGUCAGAACUGAGGAUAAAGGAGUUUACAUGUGUCAAGUGUUUGCUGGAGGACUUUCAGCCAAUGCAACUGUAGUACUGGAGAGACUGGGUUUCUCUCUUUUGCACAUAACUGUGUUGGUUUUCUGUUUUGUUGCUGGAUCUGGAGCUGUACUUCUGCUCUGCUGUCUGAUCUACUGCAGAUCAAAAAACACAGUCUCCAGAAGCACAAUCUGGAAUCUUCAGCUUUCUCUGGUCUUUUUUCCAAACAUCUGUAUGUCCAUCGCCUUCUUCUUCUGGGGUCUCACUGAAGGAUUUCUGAAUGAGACCAUCACUUGCUGUGCUCUGUAUAUUCUGAGGACUGUUAUGUUGAUUUGGGCUUUGCCUUAUUUAAAGUAUCUUCAAGACAACAUUAAAACAUGGAUCAGGUUUUUCAAAAUAACAAGAGAAUUUUUUGUUUUUACAAUCAUGGUUUAUUCAGUUCUUUUUACAUAUGGCUGGAGAAACAGUGCACAUGACACAAACAAUGAUCGUCGUGUACGUUUUGGAAUAUUCUUUGUAAUUGUUGUGCUGUCGUGUCUCACCCUGAGUGCAGUUGACUUAAGUCCACCCAGUCAAGAACGGCCAAGAGUGUGUUCCCGAUGCAAGCAAAGAUAUUUUUCUGUGUGUAUUUCUUUCAUGCAUUCAUUUCAACUCCUCCAGUUGAUGUUCACGUUUGGACAUUUUCCGGAUUUUUUUAUUGUCUUUGUUCAGCCACUGGUGCUUCUCUUUAUAGAGGUUUUAGCUUGUCUGCAAUCAAAAUUCAAAUGUCUCCGCCAAAGAUGGAUAACAUUAUCGUCGAUAAUAACAACAACACUCCUGCAUAUCAUCCUUCUGAUUUAUAUUCAUCUAGCCAUAUUGAAAAAAGAGGAAGAGUGCGUGGGAUGGAUCUGUGUCAUUGUAUUUAUUGAAGUUCUGAGGAUUAUAGUGUUCUAUGAAUUCAGCGUGACAGAGAAGUUAGAAAGUUCAGGAGUCCAGAGACAACGACCACAGACUGAGACGAGCCAACAAGGAUCAAAUGCAUUUCUUCUCUGUAAUGAAAUCAUGUACAUGUUUGGAGCAGUUGGUCUUGUUUUGUUGAACUCUGUUACACUGACAGCAGAACUGAUCCUGAAAGCACGAAACGGUGAGCGUGCUUUGAAGGAUCUGAGAGUCAUUGUCUUCCCCUCCGAAUGUGUUUUUGCCUUGUAUUGGCUGGUUUUACAAAUAUAUGCUUACUAUCUACACACAAUCAAAAGAACUCAGAUCAAAGACACAGACAUCAGCUUAGGAACACGUCAGAGACUCUGAUGAGAGUUAAGAAUCUGUCUGAACUUGAUUCUGCUGUUUCUCAGACACAGUAAUGAGACACAGACUCUUCUACAUUUCUUCUUGAGUGAAAAGCAACUAACUGAGACUGAAGACUUUAAAAUUUGUUACAUUCUGUUGCAAAUUACUUAGAUAUUUUUAUAUUGGUUAUUGAAUCAUUUCAAAAGUAAUUCAUGCAUUUUGUGGCAGUAUUAAGUUUCUUACAAUCAAACUGUUUUUCAUAAACAGUCAGAUUUCGGUACAGCUCUUAUGUAAAUGUGGCAUAUUAUAAAAAAAAAUGUGAAUAUUCAUCUGAGGAUUUAUUAGUUAAAUAUGAGGGAGCUGAACAUGUUUUGUAAACGUUAUGUGGUUAUUGCAUCAGUGUUCAGGCAUCAUGUUUUAUGAACAGGCUUUUUACUUUUGAUUACUGAAAAUGGAUUUGCUUAUGUUUGUGUUUAAGUCUUGUAUUUUGAUAAAGUCUCAGAGUAUGAGGUCAAUGUAUUUUUUUCUGUUUUCGCUAAUAGUUGCAGAAUUGGCUGUGCCAAAUUUACAUCUAUGCAAAUAUGUUUAUGUAAUGUUUUAAAAAUAAACAGUGAGUAAAGUGUCUGAA